UGCUGUAAAAAAAGCCAGGAUAAUGGAGCAGAACUCCAGCACUAUCUCUGCCGAGCAGGAGCUGGAUGUUAACAGUCCAAUAACGACUGCUACUACCGCCGCCUGCAGCAGCGGCAGCGACAUAAGUGCCACACAUGAAUUCCAAACCAUGAAACCGGGUGCAGGACAUAAACUGCAACUUCAGCAACAGCAGCAGCAGCAUAUGGGCAAUGGACGAACUGAGCUGCCACAUAGUGAAUUAGUAAAGAUGCUUUACUACUUGGAGGGCGAGCUGCAGGCACGGGAUGUUUGCAUAGCUGCGCUACGCAACGAGCGCGUUAAGCAGCUGAUCACACAGCUGCGAACUAAACGCGUGCAGCCAAAUGAUCCGUAUGCUUCGCUAUUUCGAGAUAAGAUCGCAUUGAAUGGCAAUCUUAUUUCUCGCGAGUCCUCUACGCAGGCCGCUCAAGCCGAGAUGGAAGUUCGACAGAUCAUUGAGCAGCAAAUGGAGCAGCAGUAUCAGAUGGUCAGCAAGCAGCGAGGCACACAUGUGCGUAUGGUUAACAUAUUGACUGAAUCGCUGGAGAAUAAUCAGCGCAUGCUGCAGCAGCUGGAGGAGGAGAGACGCAAGCAUGAGCAUGAUACCGCUCAGGGCGAUGAUAUAACCUAUGGUCUGGAAAUGGAGCGCACCAAACUGCGUCAACAGUUAGACGCCGAGCAUGCCCAAGUCGCCAACAUGGAAAAGGAUCUCAAGAAGCUGCAAGAGACGCUCGAAUAUGAGCGUAACCGGCAAAAGCAAAUUGUGCUGCUACUUAUCGCAGAACGAAAGAAGAUUCUAAUGAAGUACAUUGAGGAGGGUAAACGCUCCGAGGAUCUAGCUCAAAUUCUGGCCGAAGAAAAGCAACGCUCUGAUACCAUUGCCGAGGGUCUCGAGGAGGAGAGCAAAAAGUCGCUGCGCAUGGAGGAGGAGCUCGAAAAGCAAACACAGUCCAUGGAGCUAGAGCGCAAAACUCUGAUGUCCAAAUUGGCCAAGGAAGAGAUGCGUGUAAAAGAAUUGGAACAGGAGCUGAACACGCUACGCAGCGACCACGAGGCAUUGAAGAAGCAACAUCAACAGCAACAGCAGCUGGCCGCCAGCGGCUCAACGGUGGCAGCCGCUGGCAAGGCGCGUCAAUUCAGUGACGACGCAUGUGCCACGCCUUUGGUAAAUAUUGCGAAAAUAGUUCAACCAACUGCGACAGUGACCAGCAUGCCGGUGUCGGGCCCUCAAACGGGCAUAGCACGGUCUAUUGUGCCAGGGCAAAACAUACGCAGCGCUGCUGCUGGCAUUGCCACUGUGCCAACGGGGACCGCUACCGCACCCACGGCACCAUCAGCCCUGGCUGCUGUCAAUCACAACUGCAGCAUUGUCGCCGCAACGGAUGUAACUGCUGCCAUUUCCAGUGCUGCUGUUGCUGCUGCUCCACCAUCUCCCUCGCCGGCUAAAAUGCAGCCGACGGCGACUAUACAACGUGCGCCGGGCGGCAAGUAUGCGGCACUAGCUGCUGCUGCUGCGUUGGAUCAGACCACAACACCACCGCAUCCACAUCCUGUACCCAUCGCUGUGCCACCUGUGACUGUGCCACCAGCAGGUGCCCGCGGCGCACCACCCCCUAUACCGACUAAGCCAAUUGUACCACCCAAGCGGGAGCCAUCGCUGUCACGUUUGGGCUCCAUAACGAGCGGCAGUGCUGCUGCCACAGCCAUUGCCGCAGCUGCUGCAGCUGCAACGGCUGCUGUAGCAGCUACUGCAACCACAACAACUGCCUCCUCGACGAGCGCAGCAGCAGUAGCAUCAGCGACCACGGCGAAGCAUAAUUAGAUACCUUCCUAAAAAAAACUUUCGACAUACAUAUAUACGCGCAUUAUACCAUAUAGCAUAUAACAAAAGCGAAAAUACUCAAACCCGAUUAUAGCUCCUUAUUAUAACGUACCGUAAUACUAGUUAAGGGUAUCCACUUCUGGAGCAUAACAAAGCAUUGAUUUUUUACAAUUAUGCCAAAUUCGUACAGUCAAAAUGCGUGAAUCCCCUCCAAUUUACUCACAUAGUUGAGGAUUUGAAUACUUAGAAAGUUUCAGCCUCGUAUUUUGUUCAGUUUUGUUAUUAUUUAUCGUUUUACAAUUAACGUUGCAAAUUAGUGAUUUUAAAAGAUUUUUAAGCAUAAAAUAAUAGCAAUGGGCUAGUUUUUCGUUUGAAUAUUUCGCGCCUUUCCUUGCUGGAUUUGUGUAUGUAAUUCCGUGUUUAGUCGUUAGUAAAUAACAUUUGUACAAGGC